GGAAAGGGGAAGCCAUCAGGAUGAGACAGCUCAAGCACCAUGAGCAGAAACUGCUCAAGAAGCAUGACUUCCUCAACUGGAAGCAGGACCAGAGCCACCGCGAGAUCAAGGUCAUGCGACGCUACCACAUCCAGCACCGGGACGACUACCAAAAAUACAACCGGCUUGUCGGCAAUUUGCACCACCUCACCCUCCGUCUCUCGCGGCUACCGCCGACGGAUCCCUUCAGGCUCAAGCGCGAGUCGGCGCUGCUCUCCAAGGCCUAUGACAUUGGGCUUGUCGACACGGGCGCCAAGAUGAGCGACAUCUUGGACAAGGUCAACGUCAGUGCCUUUGCCAGACGGAGGCUCGGCGUCGUCAUGGUGCGCUUGAAGAUGAGCCAGUCGGUCAAGCAGGCCGUCACCUACAUCGAGCAGGGCCAGAUUCGCGUGGGCCCAGACACCAUCACCGACCCUGCCUUUCUGGUGACGAGGAACAUGGAGGACUUCGUCUCCUGGGUGGACCAGUCCAAGAUCCGCCAGCACAUCGCUCGCUACACUGGCGAGCACGACGACUACGAUCUCCUGUAGAAUACCACCUGUCUCUGCAUUCACGCGCACUGGACUCUCUCUAGUCCCGACUACACUGUACAAUUACAACUAACACCGCAUUCACUGGCAUACAUGAGCUG